AUGAUACUUCAAAAGACUUUGAUUUUAAUUUUUAAAGGUAGAACAACAACUAUAAAAACCAAAGCUUUAUUUUCUAUGGCUACACAUAUUCCGAUAACAAAUAAUUCUGCAGAAGCAUUAGGUGUCAAAUAUUUAAAACAUGGUUCAGUUAUAGCUGUCCCUACUGAUACUGUUUAUGGUUUAGCCUGUGAUGCUACAAAUGAAAAAGCUAUUAACAAUUUAUAUAGUAUCAAAUGUAGAAAUGAGAAUAAACCUUUAGCUAUUUGCUUAAGUGAAGUGAGUGAUGUAAAAAACUGGGCAUAUGCUGAUCAUCUUCCAGAAAAUAUUUUGAAUUCACUACUUCCAGGACCAAUUACAAUAAUACUUCGGUGUACUAAUAAUACAUUAGAUCAUUCACUUACCUUGAAAGGAAAAAUUGGUAUAAGGAUACCAAAUUGUAACUUUAUAAGAAAUUUAUCUAGGGGCUUGGGUAAACCAUUGGCUUUAACAAGUGCGAAUUUAAGUAACCAACCUAGUGCUGUAAAAAUUUCAGAAUUUAGGAAUAUUUGGGAAAAUAUACCUGUCAUCUUUGAUGGUGGUAAAUUAAAAAAUAAUAAUAAUGCAUCUACUGUUGUAGAUUUAUCAGACUUGGACAGUUUUCAUAUUGUACGAGAAGGUGUUGCAUGUCAAGAUAUAAUUAAUACUUUAUUGAAAUUUAAUUUAAAAGAUAAAUAUCCAUUGAAGAAUAGAUUAGUACUUUAA